UACCCCUUCUGGUGUUUGCCUUGAAUAAUCAAUCAGUGAAAUAGCUAGGUAGCAUGAGUAGUAGAGGUGAAAGCAGUGGUGGUGGCCAAAGCUCCUUAAAUUACCUCUUUGGAUCAGAAGAACAGCCAAAGCCUCCUCCCCCAAAGACAGUUUCAUAUCCAUUGCCACCUUAUGGAAUUGACAUCGAUAACAACCACAAUCCCCCUACUGGUCAAGGCCAACACCUGGGAAACGUUCUCACCAAUCGUCCAUCGACAAAAGUUCAAUCGGUUCCAGGUGGACACUCAUCGCUUGGAUACUUGUUCGGAGACAAGUGAUAUCGAUCAUGUUUUCAUUUUAUUAUCUCGAUCGAUAUAUCGAAUUCCCUGAUAGUACUGCAUAUUGGUGCCUCUGAAAAGGAGUAUCAACAACCAAGUUAUUGCAUAUGUUUAAAAGUAGAUAUCGUAUGAGGCCGUGGGUUAUGUACGUUGAUUGGGUGGGUGUUUAUCAUUACUGUAUGUACUGUGGGCUUUCUAUGGUACCUAGCUAGUUAAAGUGUGGCUUUUAUUAAUUGUUAUGUUGGCAUUGGGUGGGUGUUGUUCUUUGAUUUCUACGGGUUGCAUUAAGCUCAGGUCUGCAGCUUCCUUAUCUUGUUUCUUAUCUUUCGCACGCCUUGUGCUAGCUUGGUUGCAAGUUAUUAAUAAAUUCGAUCAUUGGGCUUUCUAGCUAGCUACCAAGAAAAAGGAAUGCAAGUACUAUUUCUACUA